CUCGCUAUCCAUCUGACUGAUCAUUGACGUCGAUGACUACCACGAUGACGGCGACUUUCACAAAGAUAAGGAGCUUGGUAGGUAGGUGUUCUCAAAUCAGAUUCAUCAACUCUCGAAGCUUCAUCUAGGGUUUUGAUCCAAUCCGAAUGGGGUUCGCAUUGUUCGUCGGCAGACUUCUCUUUGCUUCUCUCUUCAUACUAUCUGCUUAUCAACUGUAUCAUGAGUUUGGAACUGAUGGAGGCCCGGCUGUGAAGGUUCUUGAACCAAAACUUAAUGUGUUCACUAAGUUAAUUACCUCCAAAGUUGGCAUACAAGUUCCUGAAAUUGAUACCAAACAUGUAGUUCUGGCUGCGAUUGUUCUUAAAGGCUUUGGUGGCGUUGGUUUCAUAUUUGGCAGCUAUGCCGGUUCAAUUUUGCUGGUUCUGCACCAGCUUAUUUUCACACCUGUAUUGUAUGAUUUCUACAACUAUGACGUCGAAGACACAGAAUUCGGUCAACUUUUUACUAAAUUCACAGAGAAUAUGGCUUUGCUGGGAGCAUUGCUAUUUUUCAUAGGGAUGAAACACUCGAUAUCCCUGCGGCAACAACGAAAGAUUUCGAAGACGAAAACGAGCUAGGCAUGUUUUUCUAUCAACUACCGUUAAGUGGUUACGUCAAAACGUAAAUCUUGGUUUAAAUCCCAUUAUGAUUGAUUAUCCAAAAACAUGAUUUGUAUUAAUUUGUUGGGGUUACUUCUCCAUAGAACAUUUAGAGGAUUAGUAGUUGGGGUUCAUUUUUUGUCAUUUAAAGUUGUCUACCCCCUUGAUCUCUUGUGAGGGUGACUCAUUGUUGUAUUAAAUUGAUGUUUUCUACCAUUUCCUUACUCU